AUGCCAAUUGGAUUAGAAAAUGUAUAUAAAAGUAGACUUGAUACAUCGAAAUGGGAUUAUUCCCAAUUAAUCGAUCCGUAUGGCUUCAGAUGGGAAUACGGUAUUACUCCAUUCUCGGAUUGGCAGAUAAUAGUAGGUUCAUGGGCCCUUUACUUUACGACUAUUUUCGGAUUAAAGACUUAUAUGUCAUCAAGAACAGCUUUCAGCCUAAAAUAUAUUACUGCGUUACAUAAUUUUAUCUUAAGUGCUUGGUCAGCUGGAAUGUUUAUAUAUGCAGUGAUUGAUUUUAUUGAUCGAUGGCAGACGCGUGGAUUACCUGAAUGCUUUUGCACUUCAGAUUCUUCAUCUAUUUCCGGUCGUUUAUUCUACACCACAUAUAUUUAUUAUCUUUCAAAGUUUUAUGAAUUGUUCGAUACAAUAAUUUUGGUAUUAAAAAAGAAACAAUUGAUUUUUCUGCACUGGUAUCAUCAUGCUAUCGUAAUUACGAUGGUAUGGUCAUGGUUAGAAGAAGCAAACCCGUAUUCGACAAUUGGAAUGAUUGCAAACACAUUUAUUCAUAUAUUCAUGUAUUACUAUUACUUUUCCGCAUCGUUGGGUCGAUCAAUUUGGUUCAAGGUUAACUAA